UCAUCAGGCUGCGCUCGCGCCCGUGAACAGGAUGUUGUGGAUCUCUGAGAUCUGCUGACUCGCACCCGCGGCUUCCCGCUCGCGCGCGCUCUCUCUCUCUCUCUCUCCUUCCCUGGACCUUCCUCAUCCUCCUCUUCCUGCUGCUGGAUCUCUCCCCCUUUCUCUCUCUCUCUCCCCCUCUCUCGAGCUCCACGGGCUUCUCCUCCUCCUCCUUCCUCCGGUUUCUCUCUUCUUCUUCUUCUUCCUCUAAACGCGCGAGCUGGAGGGAGAUUCCCCCUGCGCAUUUCGUUCUUUAAUUCGUUUUAACUUAACUGAUUGAUUGAUUGAUUGAUUGAUUGAUUGAUCUCGACGUGAUGCCCCUGCAGAUGAGGUUCCGGAGAUCCUUCCUCGGGCUCCUCUUCCUCUUCUCCCUCUCUACAUCAGCGCUGUACUUCAUCUACUCGGCUCCCGGGAUCGUGAACGAGUAUGUGUACAAGGCCCAGGCUCGAGGAAUGCAGCUCCGUGAGAACGUGAGAAACAUCGGUGCUCAGGUUCUGGAGCAGGUGGUCAGGAGUGCCUACAGCAUCAACGGCACAGACUACCAGUAUGACUUUAACGUGAGUGAAACGGCUGCCCCGCCCACUCCCUACCUGCCCGAGGGGUUCACUUACCUGCCCACCAACGUCUGCCCUGAGAAACUGCCCUCUAUGAGGGGCAGGCUGAAGGUGGAUAUGAGUGAGAUUUCUCUCAAGAAAGUGGAGCAGAAUUUGCUGAAAUCUGACUCCACUAUCCGCCUCGGAGGCCACUGGAAACCCCACGACUGCAUCCCACGCUGGAAAGUGGCCAUCCUGGUGCCUUUCCGAAACCGCCACGAGCAUCUGCCCAUUCUCCUGCGACACCUCGUCCCAGUGCUGCAGAGACAGCGGCUCCAGUUCGGCUUCUACGUCAUCGAACAGGCGGGAGACGAGCCCUUUAAUCGCGCCAUGCUCUUCAACGUGGGCUUUAAGGAGGCGAUGAAGGACGUGCAGUGGGACUGCCUCAUCUUCCACGACGUCGAUCACAUUCUGGAAAGCGACCGCAAUUACUACGGCUGCAGUGAAAUGCCGCGGCACUUCGCCGUCAAACUCGACAAGUACUCCUACUUUUUGCCGUAUGAAGAGUUUUUUGGGGGCGUGAGUGGUCUCACCGCUCAGCAGUUUCAGAAGAUCAACGGUUUUCCCAAUGCAUUCUGGGGCUGGGGGGGCGAGGACGAUGACCUCUGGAACAGGGUGGAAUACACCGGCUACGCAGUGAGUCGACCUUCAGGUGACAUUGGUCGCUACAGGUCCAUCCCUCACCACCACCGGGGAGAGGUGCAGUUCCUGGGCAGGUACAAGUUACUUCGCCACUCUAAGGAGAGACAGAAACUGGACGGUCUGAACAACCUGAACUACUCCCCCCUGGUGUCCCGGAGGAGUCUCUACACCAACAUCACUGUCACUCUGAGUCGAGACCUCACCCCCAUCGCCGACUAUUAAACCGCUCUCACUCCGGCUCUCUCGCUCGGUCACAUCGAGCGGAGCAGCUCCAUUGGUUCUCUUGCCCUCCUCAAAGAACCAUCUCCAAACAUCUGAAACGCCUUUCAGGACUCUCCGCUAAUUCUGAUUCCUCACUGAGCCUCCGCCACGUUUCGAUCCCUUUUGUUUUUCUUUACGCUCCCUUUUUGUAAACAUUCCUCGGAUCUGAUCAGCAUGACACCCGUGAAAAAACAACACAAAAAAAACAAAGAGGACCUGUUUCUUUUCAUCUUUUUUAAACUCGUGAUUUCAGCCACUUUUUUUCUUUUUUUUUCCCAUUCUGACCACGCCCAUCUUCAGAAAAAAAAAAAAGUGCCGGGUCUUCUAUCUUCGGACGCCACUACAGUGAGAGUGGAGUCUAAGUGUUUACAACUGGAAUGCGUAAACUAGCAAGCUUACUAGUUAGCAAAGCUAGCUAGCUAGUCGUCAUCGCAGAAGAACUUUUCAUUCCUUUUGGAAAACGAAAACCACGCGCAGCUGGAUUCUGUGCGGAGUCUAACAGAAUGACUCACGAUGCACUGAUUACAGGAAUGCAGUACAAACAAUUAGCAAAUAUAUCUAACAGAUUAGUGUGUGAGUGUGAGUGAGUGUGAGUGAGUGUGUGUGAGUGUGUUUGAGUGUGUGUGUGUGUGUUUGUCCUUUCCCUCGUGAGGUAACAACUCGCCACCUGCCUGCCAAACUACUGCAGAAGUUUUUUCGUCAGACUCGUUUGUUUGAGGUUUACGCGCUGGAGCAAUACACACACACACACACACACAUCCUGAUGUGACGCGUGGCAUUAGCAUAGGUUUAAAAAAUAUCUAUGGAAAAGCUGAGGUCAUGCUGGAGUGCACUAAAAAAGCUAACGAGGCUAUGCAAACCCUCUGCUGGAUGCACACCUGCUCGCGGCGUUAGCACAGAGCCGCGUCUAUUGUGGCUCUUGAUUUACAUACAGCCAUCUAUAUGUGCUUACGUUCUGUACAGAGCAUGCACUAGCAUUGUGUACGUGUUCGUGUACCUGUGUGUGUGUGUGACAUAGGGGAGAGCUAUGCAAAACACAGCUGAUUCAGUAUAUUUAAAGUCCUUUUUAUUAUUUUUUUUUAGUUUUGCUAGUAAUGUCAACAUGCUAACUAGCUAAUAAUUAGGCAAGGCUUGCUUUCAUUCGUUGCUGGCUAGCUGAGCUGCUUUGCUAACACUCUUAUAUACAGUUUGUUUACAGUUUGUCUUCAGCGUGUGUGUGUGUGUGUGUGUGUGUGUGUGGUUCCUCUAGCUACCUCGACACCAGUUUAAACUAAUAUAGUGGCCAGACUUGGGAGCCAUUUGUACUUAAUUUAUUUGCGUGGUGCUUAAACAAAAGAACUUGCAGUCAAGCUAGGCUGACUUAACACACUCUCGCUCACUCACGCACGCACACACACACACACACACACACAUACACAGUGCACACUUGCUUUUCCGCAUUCACUGGACCCCUAUCACUACAUGCUGAUUUUGUGACAUAGUGUGUGUGUGUGUGUGUGUGUGUCCAUGGUCUUUACCAGAGGCUGGUCCUCUUGUAUUUAUUCCAUUAUGGACGUUUAAUCAUGUGGUUGAUUUUUAUUUUACGUUUGUUUGUUUAUUACGUCGAGCAAAACACACGGGCAGAUUCAAUCGUAAAAACUUGUGAUGUAAAGAAAAAAAAAAAGAUUUACAUAAAAAAAAUGUACAGAAAGGCACUGAGAGCUGACACGACAUGUGUCGACUGUGUGAGAGAUGGAACUGUAGUGAAUGGAGAGCUGUUUUCAUAUGAGGACGCCGCAGAGACAGAGAGAGAGACAGAGAGAGAGAGAGACUCCUGGUGCUGAUCUCACUGAGGCCGAGUGUUUGUGCAGCUGCUAUUUUACUCUCGGUCGCUCUGACAUCCAUCAUUAAACCUGAAACCCCAUUCAGAUUGAAGGUGUCUCACAGUGGGCCUGGCUCCGCCCAUCUCACAGUGGGCCUGGCUCCGCC